AUGGGUUCCUACGUGCAAGGAGAUGAGGAGGUCCCGGUGUAUGAGUCAGGCGCCGAGGUGCUGCAGAAGGUGCAAGAGAAAUGGGCGGCGGCGUCCGGGCCGCCGCCGUACCCGGCCAUGUACUCGAGCGUGUUCGGCGGCAUCAUCCUUGACCCGGCCAUGAUGGUGCUCCCCAUCGACGACCACAUGGUGCACCGGGGCCACGGCGUGUUCGACACGGCCAUGAUCCUGGACGGCGCCCUGUACGAGCUGGACGCGCACCUGGACCGCUUCCUCCGCUCCGCCGCCGCGGCGCGCGUGGGCACGCCCCCGUUUCCGCGCGACGCGCUGCGGCGCAUCCUGAUCCAGAUGACGGCCGCCUCGGGGUGCCGCAGGGGCUCCAUCCGCUACUGGCUCAGCUCCGGGCCCGGGGACUUCCUGCUCUCCUCCAGGGGCUGCCCGACGCCUGCCUUCUACGGCGUGGUGAUCGCGUCGGAGUACGAGCAGUGCGGGCGCGACGGGGUGCGCGCCGUCACUGCGACGGUGCCCAUGAAGCCGCCGCAGUUCGCCACCAUGAAGAACGUCAACUACCUGCCCAACGUGCUGUCCAUCAUGGACGCCGAGGACCGCGGCGCCUUCGCGUCCGUGUGGGUGGACGAGGAGGGGUACGUCGCCGAGGGGCCCAUGGUGAACGUGGCGUUCGUCACGCCGGACAAGCACCUCAUGCUCCCGGCCUUCGACAAGAUCCUCGGCGGGUGCACCGCCAAGAGGAUGCUCGCGCUGGCGCCCAGGCUCGUGGAGUCCGGCCUGCUCGCCGGCGUCAGCACCAGGAACAUCAGGGCCGAGGACGCCAAGCGCAGCGUGGAGAUGGCGUUCGUCGGCAGCGGCCUCCCCGUGCUGCCCGUCGUCGAGUGGGACGGCAAACCCAUCGGAGACGGGAAGGUUGGGCCGCUGAUGCAGGCGCUGUCUGAUCUGCUGUGGGAGGACAUGAAGUCUGGCCCCGACAGGAUCCCCGUUCCAUACAAGCAGUAG